AUGGGUGACGAGCCCAAAUCUCCGCCAAUGUCUCCAGUUUCUCUUAAUUUACCAACAAUCCGAGAAGCUGAUUAUGCUGAAAGCGAUGCACCGGCAAAGAGAAAAGCCGCCAAAUCGGUGUCUCUUCAAUUGCCGACGGAUGAAGAUUUUGUUGAUGAUCAGUUUGUGUCCGACUCACCAGUGCAUAAGAAUUCGUCAAAAUUUGAGAAGAAUCCAUCAAAAGGAGCUCCCUCACAGCGACGUCAGAGUCGCAUUCAACGGCUUCGAAGUGGAACAACGACUGCCGGGAAAAGCAUUCGCAGAAGCAUUCGACAAUUUUCUGUGUAUGCUGGUCGAAUUGCUAAACCAGCAAAUGCUUACAUUCGUUGGAAUCUCCUCUUCACUUUCCUCAUUUUCUUCACAUUCUCAACUUGUAUUUGGGUUCCUGCAAUUCCUGGUUUAGCUGAUUUCUCCCUGGAAAUCGUCACAAUCAUUUGUAUCAUUUUACAUCUUUUAUGGUUAAUCGCUGUUAUCAACAAUAUUCGUUACUGGUGGAAAAUUCGAUCAUUUUGGAAUAAUAAAAUUGAUUGGUCAAAGUAUCCAAACCCGACAAAUCUUAAAGUAAAGCAUUUGGUUGGUCUCUGUGUUUACAAAGAGCCACUCGAGCUGUUGAUGGACACUAUUGAUAGUAUCACUUCUCAACCAAAUUGCAAGCAAAAGAUUUCGAUUUUGAUUGGAAUGGAAGAAGGGACACCGGAUAAAGAUCUUAAAAAAGCUCAACUCCACAAGAAAUACGAUCCCCUUUGUGAACGUUUCAUCGUCACUUUUCAUCCAAAAGGUCUUCGUGGAGAUAUUCCCGGGAAAUGCUCUAACUUCAAUUAUGCCUCAAGAAUGGCUGUUAAACAGUUAAGAGCUGAUAAGGGUUAUCCAUUGGAUGAAGAAGGACAAAAUGUAGAGCUUUUGGUAACAACUGGUGAUUGUGAUUCAGUGUUCGGUGAGAGGUAUUUCGAUGCACUUGAAGAAGAUUACUGGAAACUUACGCCAAAGCAACGUGAGACUACAGUCUGGCAGAGUCCUCUCUUCUACUGUAUCAAUCUCGAUAAAUCGCCAUUCUUUGUCCGCGUCACCGGUCUUCUUCGUGCUUUCUUCAUGAUGGGCUACUUAAUCCCAUGGAACAUCAACACGAUGAGCAUCUUCUCAUUGACAUUAAAGCUCUUCGAGGAGGGAGAGUACACUCAUCCUGGAUAUCAGAUGGAUGACAUUAUUGCUUUGAUUCGUUGGUCUUUGGCUGUUAGACGAAAAUGUGUUAUUAGACCAAUUCCGGUUGCGACUUUGUCUGGACCAACAGCUGGGAAAAACUACAUUGAUGAGUGGUAUGAGUGGGCUAGACAAAUCAGACGUUGGACUAUUGGAGCUGCUGAGGUUUUUCACUAUUUUGCCAUCAAGGCUUCCCGUUUGCCGAUCUUGGUCUCUCUCUCAUUCGCUUCGAAAUUCAUCUUCUAUUACGGCUUUGUGCUCUGUGCUGCCUCAAUCUACACAACAAUCGCUCCGUUUGUGACUCCGGCCAUGCUCACCCGAACUGGUCAUCACGUUUGGGGCCUCGUCAUCCCGAAUGAGAAAGCUUUCACGUGGAUUAUGCUCGGUUUUCUCGGUCUUCAAUACUUUUGGUUCCUCACCGUCUUUGUUGCUUCAUACGCUUGUCAACCGUAUUUCCCUAACGGAAUCAAGGAUGAAACAGGUAUCAUCAGAAACAUUUUCCACUAUAUAAUGGCCCUUCCAACGAUCAUCAUGUACUGCUUGGUGGAGCUGGUCGCUUUUCUUGAGGUGACGGUUCGUGGGAAGUCUGUAUGCAGUCACAACGCGUCGAAGAAAGAUAAUCUCGUUGCUCCCGUUGCCGAUAAGGCUCCUGAUCGGAUGGAAGUU